AUGGAAGCAAGACGCUUCCGAAGAUUCACCAUGCCAAGACGAACCCCACAACCCCACACCCCCACUCUCCUCCCCACAACUCACUCCCACACCCACUCCACCUCCACAGUUACCUGCUGCUACUGCGACUACAAAUUCUGGACCUUCAACGACCCCAUCUUCCGUUUAGGCCGAAACCACUCCCACUCCCUCAAACCAUGGUUCUCCGUCGGCGUCGGCUUCUCCCUCUCCGCCCUCCUCGCCGUCUCCCUCCUCCUCCCUCUCACUCUCCUCCCUCACCACCUAACCACCUUCCUCUCCUUCUUCGCCGCCCCUUUAAACGACGCCGUAUACGUAGUGGCCGCCACCCUCGUCUCGGUUUCAGUGCAUGAGUUCGGCCACGCGCUCGCUGCUGCCAGUGAGGGGAUACGUAUGGAGUAUGUGGCCGUGUUUGUUGCGUGUGCGUUUCCGGGGGCGCUGGUGGCUUUUGAUGAUGAUGUGAUGCAAGCAUUGCCUUGUUUUUCUGCGCUUCGGGUUUAUUGCGCUGGGAUUUGGCACAAUGCUGUGUGCUGUGCAGUUUGCGGCUUGGCAUUGCUGCUCCUGCCGUUUAUGUUGUUUCCGUUUUACAAACACGGUGAAAGCCCCAUGGUUUUGGGUGUGCCUUCUGUGUCGCCUUUGUCUGGUUACUUGUCUAGCGGUGAUGUGAUUGUAUCGGUGGAUGGUGUACCUAUCCGUAAUGCGCAAGAAUGGAUGGAUAUGGCGGUUUUCUUGAAUGAGAUGUCACUUAAUGAAAGAAACCGCAGCAUGGAUGCUCAAAGUGUGGGGAGAAGCGGGAAGGGGUACUGUGUUCCUAAUCCUAUGAUGGAAGAAUGCAAGCAGAUGCUUGUAGGAAAUAACCUGUCUUUGUGUCCUGAUGGUCUUACAUCAUUUACAACUGUGCCAUGUUCUUAUACAAGCAUAUCCGGUGAAGAUCACUUGAGAAAUAUUGAGAAAACCUACUGCUUGGAUGCUAAGGAUGUAGUCAAGCUUAAUAAAUGUGGUGAUGGAUGGCCGCCAAGCAUAACCAAUGACAGCAACUGCAUAUGUUCACAGGAUGAGUCCUGCUUAAGUCCAGUUCAAAUUCCUGGCUUAAUAUGGGUUGAGGUCACUUAUUCAAGGCCAUAUUCUCUGGAAUGCUUGCGAGUUAGAAGAAAAUCUUUUGCAGACUCAAGAAAUUCUGAUUCCAUGGAAUCUAACUGUGGCGGGACUUUUGUUUUCAUUGGUGACAUUAUCUCUAUGGCACGCUCAGUCCAGCUAACUGCAUAUCAACCUCGUUGGGCGUUUCCUUUGGGUACAUAUCUUCCAAAUGUACUUGAAAGGUUUUUGAGAUGCACUUUCCAGGUCUCUCUAACACUAGCUCUUCUCAACAGUUUGCCGGUAUACUUAUUGGAUGGUGAAUCAAUUUUAGAGGCGAGUCUUCUACACUUCACUUUGCUGUCCCAAAGGAAAAGAAGGAAAGUUGUUCAAGUUUGUCUUUUCGGGGGCACACUCAUUUCCAUCCUAGCCUUUCUGAAGAUUGUUAUCUAUGGUUUGUAGGCCAAAGUUACCCACAGUUAGACAAAGCACCCUCAGUUAGAAAGUUGAAGAGCUCUGGAGGAGGCAGCUGACUAUGUGCUGUUCUGGGCAUUAUUGGUAUACAGAGUACAACACGCAGCCUCUUAUAAGAUACAUUACCUAUAGAAGCACUGAUAUUGCAGCUGAAGUACAAAACUGAAAGGUAAUGCAAUAUUAUUGAAGCUGAGGCCUGCCAAAUGAAUAGUGAGGGGAAUCAAACCAACGGCUAGCCUUGAUAAUACCUCCAAACACUAUAGUUGCACCCCAGUGCAACCUUGUUUUUGUCGGCCUAUACCAUAAAUUAUGUAGUCUAGUCUGCAGAUUACACGGAGGUUUAACCUAGUUCUGCUGGCUUACAUUCUUUUUGUGCAGUAUCAAUGCUUGGUAAGACCAUUGUGAUUUUUGUUUCCAGAAUAGUUGAAGAGAAUGAGCCGAUAUUAAGAAUUAAGUACAGAACUUGCAGU